AUGGCAUCAUAUGGUAUUAUUUGGCCAAUUUCAAGUUUUAUACAACAAACAUUUGAAGGAAAAAGAUUCGUUUCAGAAAAUAGCUAUGAUUGGUGGCGAUGUGCACGUUUUGGGUUAUGGGGUUCUUGUUAUGUUGCUCCCACAUUAUACACAUGGUUAUCAGUGGCUAGUAUUAUGUGGCCCGGGAACAGUCUUCGCGCUGGUUUAAUAAAGACAUUUGUUGAAACAAUUACAUAUACUCCAUUUGCAAUGUGCAGUUUUUACUUUGGCAUGAGUUUACUAGAGAUGAAGCCCUUUUAUGAAGCUGUAGCGGAGGUGAAUGCAAAGUUUUGGCCAACUUACAAGGUUGGUGCAUCAAUAUGGCCAGUUGUGGCUUUAGUUAAUUUUUGUUUUAUUCCUCCAAAGAAUAGAGUCCCCUUCAUUAGUGUUUGCAGCCUCAUGUGGACCUGCUUCCUCGCUUAUAUGAAACAUCUUGAUAAAGAAGACGUGCCUCAGAAAACAAAACAAAUUGCAAUGAAACUGAAAAUAAAUUGA